CAGAGCACCAAACAGAGAAAUCAAAACAACGGCGAUUCUUCUGCCUUUCCUCUUCCUUCUAUUACUUCCCGUUCUCUUAUCGUUAAUCUACACUAAGAAGAUCAUUUCGAAAACUAACCUUCCUCCGAGCGCACCAAGGCUUCCGUUCAUCGGGAACCUACACCAGCUUCAAGGAUUGCUUCAUAAAUGUCUUCACGAUCUCUCCAAGAAACACGGACCCGUGAUGCUUCUCCGUCUAGGGUUUGUCCCAAUGGUCGUGAUCUCAUCAAGUGAAGGAGCUGAAGAAGCCCUUAAAACACAUGACCUUGAGUGUUGUACAAGACCUGUCACUAUCGCCUCAAGGGUUUUCUCGCGUAACGGUAAAGACAUUGGCUUUGGGGAAUACGGUGAGACAUGGAGAGAGCUACGUAAGCUUGCGGUUCGAGAGUUUUUCAGCGUGAAAAAGGUUAGAUCCUUCAGGUACGUUAGAGAGGAAGAAAAUGACUUGAUGGUCAAGAAACUGAGAGAAUCAGCUUUGAAGCAAUCUCCCGUGGAUUUGAGCAAAACCCUUUUUUGCCUAUCUGCGAGUAUCGUAUUCAGAACCGCCUUUGGACAGAGCUUCUUCGAGAACAAGCAUAUCGAUGAGGAAAGGAUCGAAGAACUGAUGUUUGAAGCUCAUAGAAAUAUGUCUCUCAAAUUCACUGAUAUCUUCCCCACUGCUGGUCUUGGAUGGUUUAUGGACUUUGUGUCAGGACAACAUAAGAGGCUUCACAUUUGUUUCGAUGAGGUUGAUACUUUUCUUAAUCAUAUAAUCGAUGAACAUCAAUCUAAGAUCUACACGCAAGAUCGUCAUGAUUUCGUCGACUUGCUCUUAGAAAUGAUACAUAAACAAGAACAAAAUAAAUCUUUCAAGCUCACCAUUGAUCAUCUCAAAGGAAUCAGCCAAAAUAUAUAUUUUGCCGGAGUAGACACAAGCGCGGUCACCAUGAUUAGGGCGAUGGCAGAGCUCGUUAGAAACCCUAGAGUGAUGAAAAAAGUCCAAGAGAUCCAAACUUGCAUUGGAAUCAAACAAAAGGAGAGAAUCGUGGAAGAAGAUCUUGAUAAGCUUCAAUACUUGAAGCUUGUGGUGAAAGAAACAUUGAGACUACACCCAGCAGCUCCUCUAUUACUCCCAAGAGAAACAAUGAGUCAAAUCAAGAUUCAAGGCUACGACAUUCCGCCAAAAACCAUUCUAGUGGUUAACGCUUGGUCCAUAGGACGGGAUCCAAAACACUGGAAAGAUCCAGAAGAGUUUAUCCCGGAGAGGUUUAUCGACUGUCCGGUGGAUUACAAAGGACAUAGCUUUGAGAUGUUACCAUUUGGUUCUGGACGGAGGUUGUGCCCGGGAAUGCCUUCAGCGAUUGCCACCAUUGAAUUAGGACUCUUGAAUUUGCUUUACUACUUCGAUUGGGGGUUGCCUGAGGAGAAGCAAGAUGUGGACAUGGAAGAAGCCGGUGUCGUUACUGUUGUUAAGAAAAUUCCUCUUGAGCUUCUUCCUAUACUUCGCCAGUGAUGGGGUCACAGGGUCUAGGAAGACGAGGAGAAGUUCAAUUGUGUAAUAGAUCAGACCUAAGACUAGAGUUAUGAUGUUAUUAAAAAAAAAGGGAAGAUGACUAUAGUCAUGUUGUUGUUUUCAAGAAUAAAAAAAAA